GUAUAUCAUGAAAUUUCCGAAAAAAAAAAUAUCCUCUGUUCUCAGAUCUAUCCAUCCCUCCUCUUUCUGCCAUUUCCUCCCAAUUGUGAAAGCUCUAUUUUGUUAUCAAAGAUGUCAAUCAAGAUGGAUCAUGAAAAGGUUUUUGAUGAAUUGGUAUGCAUACUUGACCGCGAUGACAAAGAAAGUUUCGUGGAGUUUCUUCGUGCGCAUCCAGAAAUUAUAGGAGAAUAUUUGGUGUCUAUUUGUGCAACAAGCUCAUCCAAAAAAUGUUUGACUACAAUGGUCAAUGAGGAGGCGUGCGAACAACUCCCUCAACUCAAGGGCUGGGCUAGAUGUAUUCAUACAGUUUCAUGUUUCUUCCCUGACCCUGAUGUUAUUAGCAUAAUGCUCGAGCGAGGUGCUAUUGUGGAAUGCAACAUUAAGCGUGAUGUAGGUUUUCUUCAAAAUUAUGGGACUCCACUUUACCUUUUACUUGAUCAUUUUAGUUGUGAAAGGGAUUUGCCUCUACAAUCGUGGUCUGAAGGCGAUUCUAUCUUCAAACUUAUAAUAUUACUUUGCUCCUGGGAAUCGAAAAAAAAUUUGGACUCUGCAAGGCUGCUAGUUUGCCAUACUGAGUCAAUCAAUGAAAUUGCUUGGACCUUUCUUCAGAAUGGAAAAUUGAAACAGUUGGCGGCUUUACUUUUGGUUGCUCGAGAGGAGGUUAUGCGUCCAACUGGGACAGGGAUGACAAUUCAACAACACGUUACGAAUGAAAUUGAUGGAUUGGGUUCUGAAGUCGAUUCUGACCAUCAGUACAAGUCCAUGCUUAUGGAUGCCCGUGGUGCUGUUUGAUGUUUUUGAAAGAGCUGGUGAUGCCUUAAGCUUAUAUCAUACCUCAAUGGUUAAGCGAAUAUGUUUAGAGGGAGUUCGUUCCAAUCAAUUAGUAAACCAUCAUCAUUCAUCAAUAUCAAUUUUAUGGUUCUCAUCUCUUUUUUCUUUCAGAUCCCUCCAGAGAAAGUGCUGAUGGAUGUUGCUGCGCUGCUUAAGAAAGCUGGUUUUUCCUUGCAAUCUGCAGACCUUGACUUGCGAGAUUGUUACAGGGAACGUCGUGAGCUUUGGAAGGCAAACUUGUUUAAGCUAUCAGGCUCACUGGGAUCCUUUGCUCGCUAGGCUCACUUCAAGGGAAGUUCUAAACUUAUGUCCAUCUGUCCCAGCAUCGCGGUUGCUUAGCACAGCAGCUGGUUCAAACUUACCUCGUAAGAAUUACCUGGCUUAUGUUGCAUUGAAGCUGAGGAGAGGGAUCAGAUUUCUGUGAUAGUAAUUUUAUUCUACUUUAAAGUGGUGCUUGUGUAGCUAACUACUAGCUUUUUAAGGGUUUCCAAGUGUUUAAUGGUUUGAACGCCAAUAAUGAUAAAAACUGUGGAGAUAUAGCUAUAAAUUUACCCUUAUUUCUAGUUGUAUCUUUAACUUUAUGUUGUAGUUGGCCAAUAUGGAUCUAUGCUAAAAGUAUUUUUAUUGUAUGAAUUUCA